AGUCAUGUCAAAGGGAUAUCAAGCUUCAGUCACUUCUUUAGGAUAGAUAACUUAAUAAUAAUAGGCCAACAAUCCAAUAGUUGAAACAAAAUUGGCCUCCAGUAUUUUAUAAGCACCUAAAAUUCUUGAGUAUUGCAAUGAAUUUAACACUCACAACAUCCCAAGAGUAUUGUUUAUUUGAAUUGCGUUUAGAUUAAUUGCUACAAUCAUUAAGGAUAUAAUUAUACGAACUUCUGUUAACUUGAAGGAUGCUGUUUCCCAUUAUGUCCUGAAUGUAUUCCUUAACAUGUGCAGGAGCAUUUUGAAUCGUAGUCCAAACCUAAAUUGGAUAGUCUGGAAAAUGUCUUAAAUAAAAUACAAUUGACAGUGCAUAAUGAAGGUACCUUUAGAAAAUAUAUGUACAAGCUAACAAAUUGGCAACUUGCUUUUAGAAUAUUACUAAUUCUGUAAUAAUGGCAGACCAAAUGAAUAUGUAAUGCAUAAAACUAUUAAAUGAGAAGAAGGAGAGGAUCAUUAAGAUCAUUGAAUAAUAUUUCAAUUCAUUGCUAAUUGAUGUCCAAGGAAAGCAUACAAAAAAUAUUGAAAAUUAUAAACGAGAUGCUCAAUUCUUCAAAUAGGUAAUUCAAGAUAGAUGGAAUUCUCAUGUUGAAUUGUUAGAAAAUUUAAAGAAUCAGGAUUGCAUGAGACCACUAAUACGAUUUUUGAAAUCCAAGACUUUAGAGGAAAAUGAACAAUAUUUUCUACAAACACAAGAAUUCACAGAACGAUAUGCUCUUCAUUAAACCAAAGUCAGCUUUGAUUCUGAGAAAUCGUACGAUAUUUACACAUAUAUCUAGUUCUUAAUUAGGAGGAUUUAUUUCAGAGUUUCUGAAAGUAGUUAAUUAUGAUCUACCAGAAUACUUGAAUAUUCACAAGUUGGCACCCCCAGAAAUAACUACUUAGAAAUCUAAUGCUGGAUCAACUAUAAAUAGUAAAGCAUCAAUAAGAUAAUCUGAACAGAAGAUUUCAUAAAGUCAAAUAAAAGGUGGACUUGAGAUUUCAUAGCAAGCAUAAUACAUAAAUCAAUCGCCUAGCUCCAAAAAUUACUUGCAAUAAAGUUAACAAUAGUUUGGAUCGCAGAGACAGAUGAGACAUAAUUAUGGGGAAUAUCCAAGUUUGAGUAAUUUUGGAUCAAGAAAAAAUUGA